CAGCAGCAGCUGGAGGAGGAUUAUGCUGAUGAUCCUUGCUAUAACCAUCCACAACAUCCCAGAGGGUUUGGCAGUGGGAGUUGGAUUUGGGGCCAUUGGAAAAUCGGCAUCUGCGACCUUCCAAAGUGCCAGGAACUUAGCCAUUGGGAUUGGGAUCCAGAACUUCCCGGAGGGACUGGCUGUCAGCCUACCCUUGCGUGGUGCUGGAUUUUCCACCUGGAAAGCCUUCUGGUAUGGGCAGCUGAGUGGGAUGGUGGAGCCCUUGGCCGGUGUCUUCGGAGCCUUUGCGGUAGUGCUGGCAGAACCUCUCCUGCCCUACGCCCUGGGCUUCGCUGCAGGAGCCAUGGUCUACGUGGUGAUGGAUGACAUUAUCCCCGAGGCACAGACCAGUGGCAAUGGGAAGUUGGCAUCUUGGACCUCCAUCCUGGGAUUUGUGGUGAUGAUGUCCCUGGAUGUUGGGCUCGGAUAG